UCUCCCUCUCUCGCUCCGCAGUCUCCUUCUGCGAGAUGGUGGACUCGCAGAAGGAGGUCGAGCAUUGCCUUGGACGCCUCGCUGCCGAGCAUCGUAGCCACGAUGCGCGGCAGCGUGAGGUCCUCUCCAAUGACCGCGACGAGGGCGGCGCGUUGCUCGUCGAAUCCUGAGCAACGCGCCAAUGAACACACCGCGACCCUGCGAUAAACACAGCGGGCUGAUGUUACAGGCUAAGCAUAAUAUGAAACUCGUCGACAUUCGAAGAAACUCGUACGAUUAAUACAAGCGUUCUUUAUCAUAGUUAGCUUAGAUUUGACUGAUAUACGAUCUUUAUUAUACUCAGUGCUUACUGAUGCCCAUAAAUAUUAUCACUUGAAUGCCAACGCUCACCGUCAUGAAAUCAAAAUAUCAAUUGUAUGACGGCUAUGACACCCGUUACCGGAAUGCGCGAUCCGUUCGUGGCAGAAAUGCGUAGGACGUGGUUCUCACUAGGCAACCCUCACAAGUUUACAUAAGUUACAGUGGAGUGCUAAAGAUAAGGAAAAGGAGUAAAGACAAUUCGGUGAGUAGUUAAGUAGUGACUUUCAAUGAACAGUAGCUCGAAAGCUGGGGUCGCAUUCUGGUGCAUCCUGAAUGAGCCCGAAGAUAUAUCAAUAGAAUGCUUUAUGUGAAAUCCACAAAAAAUAACGAUUUUAAUACUCAGGUUAUUCAUUUAUUCAGGUUAUUGAUUUUUGGUUUAGCAAGUAUAUGCUAUUUAUAAUAACAUGUUUUUUAUUUGCAAAUGAAGGCAAUAACCGUGAGCCAGACUGGUCUUAUCGCUCUAUACCAGAUGAAAUGUCGACACACGUCCUAGAUUUCAAACGCAACAUGACGGAAUGUUUGAAGGAAGUACAGAACAACGAUAAGAGGCCGAUCAAACGAAUUUCUCCGAAGCGAGAAUCGCCGAUUCAUGGGGAGUGUCUGAUUGCUUGUGUACUCAAAAAGAACGGUGUAAUUCAAAACGGGAAAGUCGAUAAAGAUAAUCUCAUGGCAUUAGUGAGCAAAUUCCAUGCAAAAGAAACGAAAUUGAUGAAGAAAUUGGAGAAGAAUUUGGAUCGAUGCAUUAAUAUAAGUGUUAAGAAUCACGACGAAUGCUCUCUGGCAUCCCAGCUUAACGACUGUACCAAUGAUAUAAUGGCAUCCAGCAAACAAAAGAUUUUAUUCAAUUAUUAAAUAAUUAAAAAAACAACAAUUUUUAUGCUAACAAUUUUUGUAUUUAAGUAA